CAAUGUAUGGCUGGAUGAGAUGGCGGUAAACAUCAUGCUGGUUCCCUCGGUGGAUUAUAACCUGUCUAAAUCUGAGAUGCUGAGGGCGGUCGUCGCUGAUAAAUUGACCUCCGCGUCGCAGGAGAUCUUAGCACUUGUGCAGAGAACUGUAGCCGGGUUCGAGGAGGAGGUUUCGGCCCUGAGGAGGGAGAUCAGCGGGCACAAGAGGCAGCUGGAGCUCCUGCAGCCGCGGGUCACUCUCUUCAGGCCGGACGAGGGGGUCAGUGGGGAGGCCCGAGGAGGUGAAGCCUCCGAGGAAGAGGAGGAGAAAAAGGAGCAGACAGAUGUUGAGGUGUCGGAACUCUCUGAGGAAGAUGAGGAUAGAGGAGAUGAAGAGGAGCCAGUUCUGCUACAGGACGAUCCUCAGAUAGCAGGAAACAGAGACUCAGUGAGGAACAGGGUGAGGAAGAGGAGUGAUUUUGUGAAGCUGCGAGUGUGUUUGCUGCACGACCCCAACACCGACACGCUCAGGAAAGGCUUGUUGAAGUCAGGGGUGCGGGAGUUGCGUUGCCCCCCCGGUCUGUCGGAGGACGACUUCCUGAAGCUGCUGCUCUCCUCGUUUCCACGGUUACGCCUCCCGCUGGACGCCCUGGCGGCCGACUCGCAGCGCCGCCUGCAGAAACUGGAGCUGAAGAGGCUGACGCCGGAGGAGGUUCAGAGGAGUGUCAGAGCCACGGGGAGGGGGAGGUCAGCGCUGUACCUGCGAGUGAGCUCUGCAGAUGACUCUUUGCGGGACGCGGAGCAACGUUCUGCUCCGGGGGGAAAAGACGGCGCCACACAUGAAACGGGAAGUGAAGAAAACCAUCCGCAUACGAGUCCGGCUGAAAACGUGCAGAGCGACGCAGUCGAUAACUCAACGCAGCGACGACAGACAGAGACGGAGAAAGACAGAGAGCAACCUGGAAUAUCAGAAGCAGACGAUGCAGAAGAUGAGGGGGAGGAAGAUGAUGGAGAUGGAGAGUGGAAACCGGCUGAGGAACCAGAGGAGAGUGACGACGAAGAGAAGGAGUUAGGAGGGGAAGCUUCGGGAGUGACAACCAAAGCGAGGAAGGAAACAGCGGUCCCGCCUUUGCCUUGUAAAGUUUGCGGGGCUCUUCGCGGCUCCCCUAACAUGCUGAUCAAACACUCCUGGAGUCACGUGGACGACCCAGAAAGUGUGUGUGGAGUGUGUGGAGAAAAUGUCGAGGAUCUGAGGAGCCACCUGCAGACGCACCAGAAGACUUUACAGAGUUGCGAAUUCUGCAGAAAGUCCUUCCUCACCGCCGCCAGUCGAGACCGCCAUGCUGCGCUGCACACCGGAGAGAAGCCGUACAAGUGCGACCUCUGCCACAAAGCCUACGCCUUUAGGGCCAGCUUGAACAUGCACCGGUGGGAGCACGUGCAGGAGAAACCACACAAGUGUCAGGCCUGCGAUCAGUCUUUCGCUUCGAGUCGGCAGCUGAGGGCUCACAGCGGCAGCCACACGGGGGAGAAACCGUACAGUUGCGAUGUCUGCGGGAAAUCCCUUUGCGAUCUAAGGUCUCUGUCGCGACACAAGCUGACACACAGCGGGGAGAAGCGCCACGCCUGUCCGGUGUGCGGGAAGCGGUUUAUACAUCACGAGAAGCUUAAAACGCACGAGAAAAUCCACACGGCCCGAGACAAAACGCACCUCUGCGACAUUUGCUGCAAGACCUUCCACACCUUAGGUCAGCUGAAGGGUCACCUGAAGACGCACAGCGAGGAGAAGACCCUUUGCGGUGAGUGCGGUAAAGCGUUGUCGUCUCAAGGCGCUCUGAUCAGACACAUGAGGAUCCACACCGGGGAGAAACCGUUCGGAUGCUCCGAGUGUGGCCGCAGCUUUAACGGGUUGAGCAUCCUCAGAGCGCACAUGAAGACGCACUCGGGCGUCAAACCGUUUGUGUGCAGCGUCUGCGGGAAAGCCUGCGCUCGUAAGGAACAGCUGACCGUGCACAUGAGGUUGCACAACGGGGAGAAACCGUACAAAUGUAUCGUUUGCGAGAAAGCCUUCACGCAGAGUCACUGUCUGAAGACUCAUCUGAAGAGCCACCGGCGGGAAGAAGAGGCCGUGACGGACGCAAAACCAUCCUGAAUAGGAGCGGCUUCCUGUCUGCGGGUCAGGAGGACCUGAAGAGAAACACUAUUAAAGUCGAGCACGUGUAUCCGGUCCCUGUUGUGUGUGAGUGGUUGAAGGAGUCGUGGACAACUGCUCACUUUGCCAGCCGGGGGAAUUUAUGCUCUGUGACUUCAAAUAUCAGUACAGCAAGCAACUUCACAAGCCCGGUUGAUCCCAUGCACAUGUCUCCCCUGGGAGCGCAACGCUGACAGGAAUGCCGCGAACUCACUAGGAAGUGAGGUCACGAGAUUUCAAAAUAAAAGCUCCUCCAAGUUAAUACAAAAACAGGUGAAAACAACAAAACAUGAACAGAAAAGGAUUAUUGGUUAAAUAUAUACCUGAUACAUUAGUACACCAGUUACACACGUCU